CAAAUUCAUCUGAUGGAAGUUUGUUGAACCAAGAUAUAUGUGGAUCUCCCAUUAGAAAUCCUCCUCUAUGUCAAGAAAACAAUCAUAAUAGUAAUAAUGUUCAUGCACAUUCAAUGAUCUCUCUAUCACCAACAGAACAUGAUGAAUGUAAUCAUGAUAGCAGGCAACAAACAAUUAUAUUUGAGUCUGUUGUUGCUUCUAUGAAUGAAAUGGUUGAACUUUGGAAGAUGAAUGAUCCAUUUUGGGUAGAUUCAUCAAGUUAUAGGCGGUGUUUUAUUCAUCGUGAGAUUUAUGGAAGAAAAUUUUCAAAUCAAGUUCUACCUCCCCAAACAUCAACGGGUCGAAUUGAAUCAUCAAAGGAUUGUGGAAUUGUGUCAAUGACUGCAGUUGAGUUGAUCCAUAAUUUUCUUGAUCCAGUCAAAUGGAUGAACUUGUUUCCUACUAUAGUCACAAAAGCUAAGACUAUUGAAGUUCUUGAUUCUGGUACAUGGGGAGGCUCUAUGCAAUUGGUAAAAUGUUAAUCCAUCUUUUAGUUUUUUCCCCUAGAAGUUAAAUCAAUAUUAAAAUUGACUCAUAAAAUGGUCAUUUUUUUGUUUCUUGAAUUCAGAGGUAUGAA